GGUAACUAAUUCUGAAUCAAACUCAAAAAGUUAACUUUUUUUUUUUUUAACACCAAAACCCAAAAAGCCCAUGAGACCGACUCUGAAGCAGAAAGAUGGUAUGCCAUGAUCAAGCCCAUCUUUAUGCCAAAGUUUGAGAGAGAAACCAUAGCUGAGCGUGAGCGGCUUGAGGCUGAAGAACGAGCUCUUGAGGUAAAGGAAAGAAGGAAAUUAGACGAGAGGAAGGUGGAGACAAAGCAAAUAUUGAUUGAGGAGAUUCAGUAGGAGCAGGUCCAGAAAAAUUUGGUAAUGGAGGCAAAUAUUGCUGAUGUGGACACUGAUGAUGAAAUCAAUUAGGCAGAGGAAUAUGAGGCCUGGAAGUUGAGAGAGAUUGCAAGGAUCGAGAGGGAUAAAUAUGACCGUGAGGCAAUGUUGAAGGAGAAGGAAGAGAUUGAAAAGGUGAGAAACAUUACUGAGGAGGAAAGAAGUGAAUGGGAGAGGAAAAAUCCAAAACCUGCCCUACCAUCAAAGCAGAAGUGGAGGUUUAUGCAGAAAUACUACCACAAGGGUUCUUGCUUUCAGGAUGAGUCUGAUGACCGUGCUGCCACUGCUGGGACAGAUGAAAUUUACAAGCGAGUCUCUGCUCCAACUGGAGAAGAUAAAAUGAACAAAUCCAUAUUACCUAAGGUUAUGCAAGUCAAACACUUUGGCCGCAGUGGAAGAACCAAAUGGAACCAUCUUGUCAAUGAGGAUACAACUGAUUGGAACAACCCAGAUCAUAUUUCAAUAGAUCAGGCCAGCAUCAAAUAAAACUGUGAGCCAACAUAAUUUUACAAAAGUUCCACAUCCACCCUUUUAUGGGUUGAUUCUCAAAAGUGAUUAUUGACUAUAUGAACUUCUCCACCUGCAUGCGACCACAGAUGCUAUAUUGAUAUGAUGAUGCAGCAUUAUUGACAUGAUUUUUCAAAUUGAGUAAAGAGAUAAGUAAACAAAGAAGAAUAUCUUCAUCUUUCAAACUAUUUACAUUGUUUGAGCAGGUCCCCAAGCAACCCUCUAAUCUUUAUCUAUAUCUAUAUAAAUAUUAAAUAUGCUCACAAAAUGCUGCCAUGUGGAGCUCUAUUAGACUGCCAUAUGUUCCCCUAUUUGCCUUUAUGAUCAUCUCUAUCUCCUUUAUCAUGAUUUAUCCCCAUUUUCAUCAACGUUUUAUCUCUAAUUAUGAGCUUUCCGUUACCAUGCCUUUCUUUUCGUCUUUCCCUCACAGUUUUUUAACUCCUCUACCAUCUCAUUUGCUAAUGCAAAACUACAGACAGGGACUCACUGGACAUGUGGAAGAACGUUGUAGCUUGUGAUGAGAAGACUAUUGCUGUGGUUUUACAUCCAAUCUGCAAGAUAAAUUGAUGAUAUGUAGAAAGUGAUGGGUGUAUUCACAAUGCUUCUAUUCUAUACACGUGAAAUAUGCUUGC